ACGCGUCCCUCUCUCUCCCUUGCCAGAAGCCAGCGCCCAUUAAAAGCAUUUCCCCCCGCGUCUCGUCUCGUCUUCUCUUUUCCGCCCCCCCAUCUAACCCACGCUCUAACCCACGUCCACCACUCUCGUGUGUCAUUUUGCUGCCCACAGAAAACAACCCGUCUCAACUCGCGUCGCAUAACAUUCCCACUCUCGUUUGGACGGCUUUGCGGCUACACACAUUCUUAUUCAAGUUCCUCCUUUCUGCCGCCUUUUCACCGCCAUCAGUCUAUUUCCCAAGGGUCGUGAAGCCUUGAAAGAACAUCCCUGCAUGCAAGUGUUGGCCUUGCACGCACUAUCUACCUAGUCUAUCCCCUGUCCGAGUCAGUCCUUGCGCUGCGCGCGGGCUCGUAUACCUACCUAGGUAGUCAUCCAUUACACUCAUCCCCUACGCAAAAUCAGAAUAUGUUACCGUACACCGCCAUGAACAUAUUAGGUGCUCGUGCACGCGUCGCUGAAGAUGACGGCGUGCUCGGCCCGGCAAAUACCACCAAGAUGAAGACAAAGCGCCGCCGUUGCACGCCCACGGCCCCACAGCCCGGCUCUCUUUACGACAUCCUACACGACAAUGCCGGUGUCUCGCUAUUCGUGCGCCCGCUCUCCUGGACCGACCUCCACACCAAGCUGCUCGGCUGUCGCUUCGUACAGCUCCCUGCCUUUGACGCACCAACCCCUCCUUCAUCUCUACCUUUGCCUUCGUCAUCCCCUUCAUCAACACCGCCAUUGCCGCCCGCAUGGUCAUCUUUCAAUCCCGCGCCUAAAAAGUCCAUCAACAUCCCCAAGAUCAUAGAUUGGCUCAUGUCCCCUAACAAGCAUGAAGAGUCCAAGAAUCGCGCCAUGGCCGCCAUGCUUGCCGACUUCUACCCCCAAGCCUUCACGUAUCCCCAAGACCACUUCGACCUCGAUCUGAGAUUCGGCAACCGCCGCUACGAUCGCCUCGUUCGUGUUCAGCUACUAUUCAACCACAUCUAUCCAUCCUUGAUGUCGUUUGAUUCUUCCACCACCAUCUGCAGCGCCUCACAUUCCCAAACCGUGAGCAUUUCUAAUGAGCCGUCUGUCCUGGCCUACGUGAGCCGCAGUCGCCUCAGCCACAUCAGAAACUCCUGCUACAACGUCCAUCCCGGACCCCCAGGAAUCUUCAAUGGCCCCGUUCGUCGGUUGCAAGCUCUCCGCUCCAAGUCCCUCAUGCCCAAGAACCUGGAUGAAGAUCCUUAUUUUAUCUCCGUCAUGCUGGCCUUGGCUCAACAAUCCGUCUACCCCAAUCUCAGGACCAACCACGGAUUCGUCGCUCGAGAUGUCAAGGUCCAUCUAUUGACGGUUGCCGAAGAGGAGGCAGCUUUCAUAGUCUACACGGCAACGGUGCCCGCAGCCCUCCUUUCCAUGUUCCAUGAGCCUGAUGUCGCGCCUACUGGUAACUCGAGCCUUCAAGUCGAGUAUGCUCGAAUUCCCGCUUGGCCGAUAGAGGACCUCAAAGAGCGCCUAGGCAAGGCUCUCGGCUCAGAUAUUGUGGGUGAUUUGAGCGAUGCUCCCAUGUACACUCACGAGGACACUUAUGAAGACGAGGCCGAAGCCUUCCCACCAUCCAUCACAAAGUCAUUUUACUAUCCGUCCGCGCCGAAGCGCAAACGGGGGGUCUUCUCUGAGGUCAUGAAUACCAGCUUCUAUGAAGACCACGAGUCCGAUGCCCCCAGAAAGGUCAAAGCCAAAAAGCGGCGUAGAAUUGAGAAGAAAACUCGGGAACUCGGCAUUGUUCGGACAUUGUUUAGCACAAAAGGGCCAUCAUGAAUGGCCUAGGCGUUUUGUGAUGAGAGAUGCGGGUUUGGCAGGUUGCAUGUUUCGGUGCACGCACGAGAUUACGAGGGUUUGAUAUGGCGGGAUACAGGAGUUGGGCUCCUUGGCGUUCACAGGUUGCCACACAUUAGAGAGCAAGGUUUUGCGCUCGGGCUGGCUGGAUGGGUAUGUUCACUUGUUUGGCGGCGGUAUGGCUCAUUGCACACAAAUUCUACAAGUUGGCCUUGAUCAUCAAUUGCAUUCAGAUGGCAAAACACACGGACGGAUACCAAAGGGCACACAGGGGGGCGUUUUCUUUUUAUUGAUUUUGCAGAGAAUUCUACCGACUCGCAAGAGUCAAUGUGCAUUUAUCAUUCUUCCACGUAGCUUCUACUCAGGGAUUUCAUGCAAUGAAAGAAGGCUGCGAUUACGCUUUUGAUCACAUUCCUUACUCUACCGCUGUUCUGUCGCUCUUCUGCCGCUGUUCCUUUUUGCGGUGACUAACUGACUGACUGAACC